GACAGAAGUGGCUCGUUAGUGUGCGACGGUGCAAGGAGCAGGUUUGGUGCUGUUUUUGUAAAAGUAUGGUUUCCCGUAAGGGUAAGACUAGCAGAAAUAAUCGGGUCAAGACCUCGCCAGUGAAGCUCCAGCUCUCCUUUGAAGACUCUGACAGCGCCGAAUCCGAGGGUGAACUUAACCAGUCAAGGAAAGUGAAGGCAGAGCAAGCCCAAGAUGACUCAAAAGAACGUAGAGACGAAAGUGACCCGGAAGAGGAUGAGAACGGUGUCGUUGAUGAGAAUGAUGCGGAUAAUAAUGGAGAAGCGAAUGGUGAUGAUGGUGAGGUGGAUAGUGAGGAGGAUGAGGGCGCAGAGGAUAUGCAAGCUGAACAUAACGCUCCUGGGGAUGAAGAUCUUGAUAACCCUCAAGAAAGGGUCGAACAUGGUGAAUCUACGAAGAAUAAAAGAAGAGUGAAACGGUUGAAAGUGAAGGUUAAGGGUGCCGCCAAGAAAGUUAAUAAGCCUCUUACCUCCAGACUAUCGGAUGUGAAGCAGACAUCAAUCGUAAAGAGACUUCAAGCAAAGAAGAAAAAAGCAGCAGCAGCGGCCGAAGCAGAAAAGCCUGUUAAGCCUGGAACAGCAGUAGCCGCAGCGUCCGCAGUCAUCCCAAGCACCUCAAGCAUUGUUCUUGCUGCUAUAACUGCUUGUAAGGACAAAAAAGGCAUUUCGCUAAUGGGAAUUAAGAAGCAUUACCUCACUUCCUAUCCGGAUAAGGACUGGAACAAGACACGGUUGAGGGUGAAGACGGCGCUCUUAAGUGCCUUGGAGGAGGGAAGCGUAGUCCGGACCAAGCCCAAUGGGAAGUCCCAAGGAGCGCAAGGAAUGUUCAAGGUCAACAAGAAGCACACAGCAGCUUCAGAGGAGCCAAAAGGUGUCGCAAAGGUGGUGAAAAAGCAAAGGUCUUCCUCUAAAGAGUCGACAAAGACGAGAGGGAAGAAAACCGCGAAGCAAAAUGCAAAGCCUCCGAAGGAAAACGGGAAGCAAAAUGCAAAGCCUCCGAAGGAAAAUGGGAAGCAAAAUGCAAAGCCUCCGAAGGAAAACGGGAAGCAAAAUGCAAAGCCUCCGAAGGAAAACGCAAAGCCUCCGAAGGAAAACGGGAAGCAAAAUAAAAAGGCUCUGAAGGAAAAUAACGUGAAAGUAGUCGGAAGACCACCUUCUAAGAAAGCAAAACAAGAGUUGGAAAUCUCGGGGAAAGAGAACAAGGCAACGAAACGAAACAAGGCUGUUAAGAGGAAAGUAUUGAAAUCCCAGGAUUCAGACAGUGAGUGAUAAAUCCCUCCCCCCCCCCCCCCCCCCACCGUGGGAGGGGCGUGGGUUGCCAGUAGAACGCUCCCACUAACUUAACCUUUCCCAUACGUAAAUUCCUAGCAGUGACCACCCUCACUGUAUCCAUUCCACCCCCAUAAUUUCCCACAUGUAUAUAUGGCUUUCAUUUCUCAUUUAUUCAUCUAUGUAUACAGCUAAUGUUUUCCAUGAUUCAUUGAACGAGAUGUUGUUUAAUGAUUAAAUUAGAUUGAAAUAAUUUUUUGUAAGUUCUUGUAAAUAUUGUGGGAAGUUCUUUAAAAGUGUUGUGUAGGCGAAACUUGUAUAUUUACUGUUGAACUCUUAAUUUUAAGCUCAUUUUAAAUUCUUUCAAUACUUCGUUUCGGCCUCUAAAAAUGGUGCCAAUUUUAAUAAAUAAAUAUAUAUAUAUUUUUUUUAAUGUUCUGGCUUUUCCUUUACUCUAUAUAAACGCACAGUAGAACGGGUUGACUAAAAAUAAAGCAUAAAUACUGCCGGCAAUGACCCGAGGCAGUGAAACUAUCAGAUAGGAUGCUUCCUGAAGAGGCAAUAGUCGUUGUAACUCCUCAGAGUAGAGUCUGUUGAUCCACCAAUGUCUUCAAAGUAGAUCUUGCUAAAGAAAGGCUUUUAAGUUGUCAUUUUUUCCAAUCUGGAGCACGUUCUGUAAUUUUUUUUUUCGUCACUGUCAAACCACUACUGACUAGAAUAUAAAAGACAAUGUGCUACUUGCAUUUAUUAGGAUUGUUAAUGUUGAUGGAAUAAGUUCUUAGUUAUCAAUAAAUGAAUUUAAAAUCUUGUAAAUAUGCAAGUCUUCAUAUAAAAUGCUUUAGUUCAUAAAAUAGGUUCUGUAUAUACAUAAAACAUUGAAAACAUUCUUUC